AUGUCUCAGGGGCCCAGCGAGACCGCCACGGAGCGGGAGCUGGAGCUGGUGAGGGUAGAAGAGAGUCUUUCUGCAGUCACCUACGAAUCUGAUACCGAAACGAAGCCGAAGAAGAAAUCUUCUCGCAAGCCUCCCAAAUCCCCAAAGUCUCCUUACUCCUCGAGCAACUGCCUCCAUCCUAAAAAGCCUUCGUUCCUGAGAUCCUUCAAGGGGGCGAAGAGCAAACGUUUUGAUGUCCCUUUGGGGAAGGCCUCCGAGCAGCUGUGGCGAGCAUCGUUGAGGCAAGAUGCGUGGGUCCACCAGACGAAAUCAGACCACAACGUGGGCCUUGCACAGUCUGCUGUGUCUGACAGCACCCCAGAAUAUCUGAAGGAAGCCCUAGGCAUGAAGAAGCCGAAACACGCCCGUUUCGCCACCAAUGGCUAUAUCCCGGGAACUCCGAACUACAAAGAAAAGGAAGAUAUGUACGAUGAGAUAAUUCAGUUAAAGAAGGAAAUACAGGCUCAAAAAUGCGAAGCGGAUCGAAUGAAAACAAAGCUUCGGCGGCUGGAAGAGGAGAAUAACCGAAAAGACAGGCAGCUGGAACAGCUGCUGGAUCCCUCCCGGGUAAGCUGCGUGGGCUCUGAGUUUAUCGGGGCGUGGACAGAGCAAAGGAGCAACAACACUUGGGUGAUCAACAGCUUGAAACAGAAGAUUCUCAAGCUGGAGCAACAGUGUAAAGAGAAAGACAACACCAUAGACAAACUCCAGACAGAUAUCAGGACCACAAAUGCAGAAGAAAUGCGGAUUUCUCUGGAGACCUGCUAUGAGGAAAUCCAGAGGCUCCAAGCCCUGCUGGUGAAAUCAAACUCGACGGGACAGAAGUCUCCUCCCGAGAGCAAACGCCAGAAGGUGCUCAGCGCCGCCGUCCUGCAGCUGUCCCGGAGCAUCAAGGAACUGCAAGAAGAGAACCGGAACCUCAAAGCGGACCUGCAGCAGGUGCUGAGAAGCUCCCCUGCUGCUGGAAAAGCAAAGAAUUACACCGAGUGGAGCAGGCAGAGGCUGGUGCGGCGGAUUUCCAGGCUGGAAAAAAAAAUAGCCGAGAUGGAGAACGCCCAGCCGCAGAUCCCCAAGACCAGCACGCUGCCGUUGUUCACUCCACCUGCUUCUGCUCGCCUGGAUCAACCGGUUGCCAAGGAAUCGGACACCCCAGGCGAGUGCAGCCAUGUCUGCAGGCUGGCGAAGAAACUGCAAGGCCAGCGGGUUGUUCUCUGGAAUCAAGUGGCGGCUAAAGAGGAAGAGAUCCAGAAGCUGAAAGAGAAGGUGAACAAACUGGAGGCAAAGCAACGAGCGAGCCGUGGACAGGCCAGACUCGAUACCACAGGGCCUCCCGUUCAGAGCCGGCCGGAAUCGCCCACCAGCAGCCACCGAUCCCAUCCAUCGAGCGCCCUACGUUCAAGGGGUUCACACUCAAGGCGUUCGCCGCCGUGUUCUCCCCCGCACCACAGAAAGGAACAAGCAGCUCGAAUCAUCCAAAGGUGGUGGAAGGCAUAUAAAACCAAGAUGGAAGAGACUGAGCUGGAGGAGGUGUCCGCUGUGCUCCAGGCGGCUUUCAGGGGACAUUUAGCUCGCCAGAAACUAUUAGCCAGCAAUGCGCGAGGUCGGAAUUCUCCCGACGCUGGAACUGAGAACUCCGGUUUGUUGUUCAGGCCCCUCUCUUCAAGAUUGGCAGCAGGCGGCAAAGCAGAUGAGGAAGACUUGAGGCUCAUCCAGUCUGUCUUCAGGGCUCACACCGCACGGAUGCAGGUGGAGGAAAGGCCGCCAAUCUCUCGCCUGGCAAAUGAGGAGGCAUACCCAGCUCCUGACGCCGGAGAGGGAAAGCCGGUCUGGUCUCCUUUCAAAUAUUCCCCUUUAGUCUUCACUACACUGAGUCCCGCCACAUCCCCCCCGAGUCACCCGCAGACCCCUCCCGUGCCGCCGGCGGACGAGGCCCAUUCGGAUGACUCUGACGACAUCGUCACCGUGUCUCCGUCACCGGGGAAGAAAAAAGCGCCUUUGGAUUGGGGCAGCUCUCCGUCACGUCCUCUCUUGCGCUCCUAG